AUGGCCUAUAGAACAUAUUCCGAAUGGGAUAUUGAUGGUAAACGAAAGAAUUUUGGAUUAAAUGGUAUACAUGAUCAUUUAAAACAGUGGAAAUGGAAACCAAAAGUAAAGUCAACUGAUAACCAAAGGCAAAAUGAUCAAGCAACAACAUCUAUUAUUCAACCCAAAUUUGCUUUUCACAAGAAAGGAUUACCAGAAAAAUAUAAAUCAAAAAUUAAAGAUGCUGAACUAAAAUUUAUUGUUGGUGGUUCACAUUGA